AUGGCCCGACGGGUCACAAAACCUCGCAUCCUCAUAUGCAUCCUUCGCCGCGAUGUACGAUUGUCUGACAACCCUAUAUUCCAUCAUGCAUCGCAAGCGUUUAUCGACUACGACAGUCACCCAGAAACACCAGAUACGAACAGUAGAGAAGAUUCAAUGAUCUCGGACACAGAAGUUCCAGAUUUCACCCAUCUUCUUCCCGUCUACAUCUUCCCUGCGAAUCAGGUAGAAGUGUCUGGCUUUCUAGCGUCGGACUCGAAACGUUCGCCCUAUCCUGAGGCUCGAAGUCAAAUCGCUGGCGUAUGGAGGACUGGGCCACAUCGCGCCAAGUUCAUGGCAGAGGGGGCAUGGAAUUUGAAGGAGCGAUUAGAAGGUUUGGAAUGUGGAUCUGGCCUAGAUCUAAGAGUAGGUAUGAUCGGGGAUGUGGUUGAAAAUAUGUUACAAUGGUACGCAAAAGAGAAGGAUGACGAUGGUAACACAGCGGAAGUCUCGGCCAUUUGGAUGACUGCAGAUGAUGGAACCGAGGAACGAGCAGACGAGCGGGAUGUGAAAGGAAUCGCUGCACACUACGGGGUCAAUGUGCGUGUUUGGGAAGACGAGAAAUACUUCGUGGAUGAUCGAGAUCUUCCACUCGACAUGCGAAGUAUGUCCGACCUUCCUAAUGUCUACACAACAUUUCGAAAAUCUCUUGAACCGCUUCGUGAAUGCCCUCGCCAGAUCUUACCAGCCCCUACCAAACUUCCACCUCUUCCGCCACAUUCACCUCCUCAAAUGGGACCUUUCGAGAUUCCAAACAGCUUGCAAGCAUUGAUAGAGCGCCUGCUUGCGCCACUUAAUGAAGACCCAUCAUUUGGUCUUUCGUCGCCUCCGCAAUGGCCGGGAAACGUGGAAUCUGCGCAUCCCUUCAUGGGAGGAGAGUCUGCAGCACAAGACCGACUAUCGCAUCUCAUCGUCAGUGGUGCAAUGUCCUCUUAUAAAGCUACUAGGAACGGCAUGCUGGGUCUGGAUUUCAGUACAAAGCUGUCCGCAUAUCUUGCACAGGGCCAUCUAACAGCACGUCAAGUACAUUGGGCGAUGGCAGACUUCGAGGGAGGCAACGGCGAGGGUAGGGGGGUUCAAGGCUAUGGCAAAGGGGAAAACGAAGGAACAGCUGCGGUACGCUUUGAGCUACUCUGGCGAGACUACAUGAGACUGUGCGCACGUAAGUUUGGAUCACGGAUGUUCCACGUCGACGGAAUCAGGGAUACCACAUCAUCGAAGCGUAGAGAAGGCCAAGACUCUUACAACAGUGACCAAGACCAAUCAUCCGCGAAACGAUGGAGAUACAUACAUAAGGAUGGCAAAGCUGGUGACGAUCCAGCAAAGACGGCAGAAGUAUUCGAUCGCUUUCGGUCAGGACUCACCGGCAUCGGGUUAAUCGACGCUUCGAACCGCGAACUAUUCCUUACCGGCUAUACCUCGAAUCGUGCUCGACAGAACGUGGCAUCUUUCCUUGCCUCUCACCUCGGUAUUGACUGGAGGAUCGGCGCAGAGUGGUACGAAUUUCUUCUUGUCGAUUACGAUGUGGGCAGCAACUGGGGCAAUUGGCAGUACGUGGCUGGCGUAGGCAACGAUCCCCGGCAGGGCAGAGUCUUCAAUCCCAUCAAACAAGCCCUUGACUACGACCCAAAAGGCGAAUAUAUCACUGCUUGGGUGCCUGAACUCCGCAAACUUCAAAUAACAAAGGGCAUCGGCCCAAAUAAAGAGGAGGUGGAUCAGCAGCGUCUCAUGGGUCUCUUCCAGGCGUGGAGACUUGAAGGCUCCGAGAAGGCUCAAUUAGGUCUGCAAGGACUAGAAUGGGUGGAGCAUCCACUCGUUCGGAUUCAGUUCUCGGUCAACAGGAGAAGGGGCCAGGGCAACGAUGGCAGAGGGAAAGACAGAGGAAGUUGGAGAGGAGGACGAGGGAAAGGGAAAGGGAAUCGAAGGCUGGGAAACGAAGAGAAAUUGGGCAACUCUGGUCACGGUGACCAAAUGUAA